AUGGUGCACAAAUUCAGCGAACAGAUCGACGGCGCUACUGAUGAUAUCGAGCGCUUCGCCAAUCAGGUCAUCGGAGCCCUAAGCAGCAACAGCGCAAACUUCAACAAACCCGAAUUGCCAACAGCCAAUAAUCACAGUCAACACACUAGCGUGCCACAUUCUAAACAGGCCCGCGAAGACAAGAAGAAACUCAGACGAAGCCUAGGAGACAGAGAAAGAACUAUCCCAGGACUCAUCGCGAAGCAGCGAGUAUACGGUGACAAUCACUGGGCAGCGCAGAUGCUGAGUGAAUUGUAUGAGAAGGGACUCAUCGCGAGUGGAGAGUUUGGUUGGACUCCUACUCCACCUGACCAGGGUCAUGCAGAGUGGAAGUAUGACUUAUACCUGAUUUGA